UAGUCGCAACAUGUCUGAAACAGAUCAAACCUAUCGAUCGGCCCUGCCAAGUUCAGAUUCCGUAAGAGAUAUAUUCUUAUGGAAGAAGAAGAAACAGAGUGUGCUUCUUCUUUCGAUAGCAACAGCAACAUGGGUUUUGCUCAAAGUCUAUCUCUUCAACUUCCUUACUGUAAUUUCAUGGGCGGCCAUGUUUGUUGUUACUUCUCUGUUCCUCUGGGCCAACAUGCUUAGGUUCUUUAACAAAGAACCUCCAAACUUGUAUGGAAUGUUGGAGGUAACAGAGGAGACAGCUUUGAGGACUGCGAAUAGCAUUCGAGCGUGGAUUGAAGAAGGAAUUCGAUGGAUGUUUUGGGUGGCUGCCGAGAGAGAGUGGUUUGUGUUUGCCGGGACCGCCGCUGGUUUGUGGUUACUCUCUCGUGUAGGGGGAUACGUUGAUCUGCUAACCUUUCUUUAUACAGGUGUUGUUAUGGGCAUGACUAUUCCCGUAAUAUAUGUGAGGUACAAGGAAAAUCUGAAGAGGAGCGAGGAGUGGGUGAAGGCACAGGCAAGAAGAUACCAUGACAUGGUGGAUGAAAAGGUUGUCAAGAAUAUAAAGAACAAGGUGACAGUCACUAAUGAGAAUUAUAAGGACAAGAAGGUUGAGUAGCUCACGGCCGUAUUCUUGUGCGAAUUCUGGACUCUGGACCUUACAGAUCGAUCAGCUAGCCAGUUAUAUGUAAAGUGGUCUAUCCUAUACCAUAUGCUUAAUUCACUGUUGUCUUCCUCAUAUAUAGUCUAUAAAUUUAUGUAUGUAGUUCUAUCCCAUGUAGACGUCUCUAUGUCAUAUGAGAUGGACAAUGCCAUAAAUAUCGCUUCUCCCAUUUAUGUGUGUAACAAUAUUCUGUGAAGAGGAUGAAGCUGCAUGUUUUGUAGCUAAACGUUGAAAGUUGAAACUAUUCU